AUGGAUCAUUUGGUGAAAGGAAUUUGUGUACGAACGUUACGCAACGCGGAAUGUAGUGUGAAUUAUUCGGCGGCGGAACGUGUUCCCAUUUCGAGAGCUAAUUCAAACGCAUUGUUGGCUAUCUUCAACAAAUAUGCGAGUGUUUCCAGAGAUGGUGUUAAUUAUAUGACCGAUGACGAUUUCAUUCGAAAGUAUUUGGGUCUAUACACAGAGGGCAGUUAUAACAAAGAGACCGUACGCCUCUUGGCGAGUGCAGCAGACACCACAAAGGAUGGAUUGAUUUCGUUCGAGGAAUUCAGUGCUUUUGAAUCAAUAUUGUGCAGUGCUGAUGCGCUUUAUUUGACCGCAUUUGAGUUAUUCGAUAAGAAUGCGUCUGAAUCAGUAACUUGUGAUGAAUUCGAGAAAAUUAUCAGGCAUACAAAGCCAUUAGCUGAAUUCGAUUUCGACUUUAAUUCGGAUUUUAUGCAACGAUACUUUGGAAAAGACAAAAAGCGUGCGAUUGGAUAUAUGGCGUUCUGUCAAUUACUACAUGAAUUCUAUGAUGAAUUAGGCAUGCAAGCUUUCAAAAAGUACGACAAAAACUGUGAUGGAACGAUUUCAUCGAUUGACUUUCUCAAAAUAAUGACCACAGUCAAGAAGCAUUUGUUGACGGAUUUCGUACAAAAGAAUUUAGUGGCCGUUUCAGCGAGUAACGCCACAGGUCAUCGGGUGACUUACCCGUAUUAUAUGGCAUUCAAUAGUCUGCUGUCACAAAUGGAAUUGAUAAAACGUAUUUAUGUGAGUCUUGCACGUGGUAAUUUAUCACAUGAAAUGACACGACAAGAAUUCCUGAAUGCCACACAGAGUUAUCCUCAGAUCACUCCGUAUGAGGUUGAAAUAUUGUUUGCUCUAGCCGAAGCGGCACAUCCAGGCAAGAGGACGCUGUCGUUAGCUGAUAUCGAAAAUAUUGAUCCACAAAGACUGAAACGCAUUUCGUAUAUUCCUCGACUGGCGACUAUUAAAGCCGUUAAAACGAAAGAGGAACGCGGUAUAUUGGCAGCCAUUCUGGAGAGUGCGUAUCGUUUCACAAUGGGCUCUAUUGCGGGCGCAUGCGGUGCAACAGCUGUCUAUCCAAUCGAUUUAGUCAAAACGCGUAUGCAAAAUCAACGAAGUGGACCAUUAGUCGGCGAGAUUGCAUACAAACACAGUUUCGACUGUUUCAAGAAAGUGAUCAAAUUUGAAGGGAUUGUGGGUCUGUAUCGUGGUCUUUUACCGCAGAUUGUUGGCGUUGCACCGGAGAAAGCAAUUAAGUUGACGAUGAAUGAUUGGGUACGUGAUAAAUUCACAGUUGAUGGUCGUAUUCCGUUAUGGGCUGAGAUCUUAGCUGGUGGAUGUGGUGGAGCGAGUCAGGUGAUAUUCACCAAUCCGCUCGAAAUAGUCAAAAUUCGACUCCAGGUUGCUGGUGAAGUGAAGAAUGCAGCGAGGGUUGGUGUAUUGAGUGUGGUUCGUGAAUUAGGAUUAUCUGGACUGUACAAAGGCGCUAAAGCAUGCUUUCUUCGAGAUAUUCCCUUCUCAGCAAUUUACUUCCCUGUGUAUGCACACGCUAAACUGGCCACUGCUGACAGUGAUGUAAGGAUAUUCAUUUUGUGUUUGUUAUGUGAAGGUCAUAACGGUGCUGGUUCGUUGUUCUCGUCUGCUUUUAUUGCCGGAGUGCCGGCCGCUGCACUCGUCACACCAGCCGAUGUCAUUAAAACACGAUUACAAGUGGCUGCACGUGCUGGACAAACCACCUAUGAUGGAUUGCUGGAUUGCGCAAGGAAGGCACAAGGUCCGCUAGCGUUUUGGAAAGGAACCGCAGCUCGAGUGUGUCGUUCCAGUCCGCAGUUUGCCGUUACUUUGUUUAUGUAUGAAUUACUGCAGAGGUUAUUCUACGUUGAUUUUGGUGGCAAUCGGCCAGCCGGCUCCGAGGUGCCUGUGCGAGCUACUCUUACCGAUGAAAGUUCAGUGAAUCCUGAUCAUAUUGGUGGUUUCAGUUUAGCUGCUGCAACUUUCAGCGGUAUUGAACAUAAAUUCGGUCUUUUCAUGCCGCGUUUUGAAACCUUGACAACUAGGAAAUAG